GCUUGGGCCGGCCCUGCGGACACGGGGCUCGGUGAGGAGGGGGAAACGUCAGCGACGUUAACCAGCGUGGCGCUGCCGCUUUAAGAGCCAGCCUUUCCAGUCGUGGCGGAGAGCAGACUGCAGCAGCGGUUCCUCCACAUCCUCCGUGGCCGUUCACUCACCUGCCAGCGCAGCAGCGUGGCGGACCGAGCCGGACCCGCAGCCUCCUGCCCCGCAUCGGCACACACACACACACCGCGCCCCGGAGGAGGAAUGGGGGGCACCCAGCCCGCCUGCUAGCCGCAACAAGAGCUCCUACACGCGGAGAAGGCUCACGACUCGGCUAUCCGGCAGCAUGGUGUCCUGGAUUAUUUCGAGGAUAGUGGUCCUCGCCUUUGGGACUCUGUAUCCAGCGUACUCCUCCUACAAGGCUGUCAAAACGAAGAACGUGAAGGAAUAUGUAAAAUGGAUGAUGUACUGGAUAGUCUUCGCCCUGUUCAGCACAGCGGAGACGGUCACAGACUUGCUCCUGUCAUGGUUUCCGUUCUACUUUGAGCUCAAGAUAGCCUUCGUGAUCUGGCUCUUGUCCCCCUACACCAAGGGCUCCAGCGUUCUGUACCGCAAGUUUGUCCACCCGACGCUCUCCAACAAAGAAAAGGAGAUUGACGAAUACAUCGCACAGGCCAAAGACAGGAGUUAUGAGACCAUGAUGAAGUUCGGAAAACGGGGUCUCAACCUCGCCGCUAAUGCAGCCGUCACCGCAGCCACCAAGGGCCAGGGUGUGCUCUCUGACAAGCUGCGCAGCUUCAGCAUGCAGGACCUGACCCUGAUCAACACGGAAGACGAGCUGGACCUGCACACAGCCCAGGUUCGGACGAGACGAGAGCACACGGACGAGAUGAGCUCGGGGUCCAGCACGCUGCCGCGGGCGCGCAGCUCCUCUGCUCGCCACACCCGCUCGUCAGCACCUGUUGCCGAUGACGCGUCGUCCCAACACGGCUCUGACCAAUCGGACACGAGGACCGAACACUCGGAUGACGAUCUGGGAGACAAAGGUCCCAAACGCAGCGUCAGCGCCGCCAAGACAACCAAAAAGGUAGCGGCUGUGAAGACGGAGCCUCAAACCAAGACAGUGAAAAAGGUCACAAAGAAAAAGACCACCACUAAUAACGCAGAGACGCCUCCCUGAGUCCUGCUGUCCUCACCCACCGGACCCCUCAUCCGCCUCCACCCACAGCCUGCCGCCCCUCCUGCUGGGUCUCCACAAACACAUUGGCUUUGUACAUUAAGCACCGAAACUGUCACUGCUGCUGGUUUCUAGAGCAAAGUGCGGAUGGCGAUUUUUUUUUUUUUUUUUUCUUUCUCUUUUCUUUCUUUUCAGGUCACAGAGAAACCUUCGGCCUAACUGUCCGGUUGCAUUUUCUGGGUCAAUGUUUAGGGGCAGUUUAGAUGCAAUUUAAGCUGUUUUCUUCGAUUGUUUUAAAGUUAGUCAUCUGCUCAGAAGCACUCCUGCAGACCAAGGUCUAAUUUGUGUUUAGGCUGUGUGAUCUCUUUUUGGAUUUAGGCUGCUUUUAUUUAUAGCAGUGCUGUUUGAAUAAACCAUUCUUUGCUUUUAGUUUCCUAAAGUUGGGUCGCCUCCUGGCUGUCGAUGCAGAGCGUUUGCAGGUGAAUUCUUCAGACACGGUUUGCACCUUCAUCCUGACUCGGCCACAGCACCACGAGUCCUCGGUUAGCCAUGCAAAACGACGCGAUGUCGGAGGAGUUUCCAGUUGAAACGGAGCUAUUGAGACCAGCGGAAACGCUUUUGUCGGCAUUCUUUAGCUCCAGCUAGAAUACAGUUGGUUCCAGACUCUCAUCCUUGAAAUGGUUUGGACUGUUUUAUUCUACGCUUUUUGUUUUGUCCCCUUAAAUACAGUUUAAUUUGAGCCUGGCUCUGAUAUGUUCACAUUCUGAUUUAAUUUUUAAGUGACUUUCAGGUCAGUGCAGGUGCUUACUUUGUUUAUUGGGACGCCAUUCUUAGUAUUUUCCCUCUAAUUUGAGUGUUUCUCGAAUGCGUCUCUUGCGAGUCGCCAUAACGUGACGCAGCCGCCUCCACCACAGUGACGGCUGCUUUUCACUGCUAAAGGGGAAACGGCACUUUCUCUUGAUGGUCGUACCCGGAUGUGUGAGGAGGCGCAUUUCUGCAUCUUGCUGUCAAACCAGGACAAACAUCGGCUGGAUUUUCUGAUCCAGGCUUUGUAGUUGCAGAUGUGGAGGAGGAGUCAGACUUGAAGUAGCCCAACAAACUGCAUGGAUUUUUCUGGAUGCUGUACAUUUUUUUCUUUGUUUACACUUGAUUUAACCAAUAGGGGGAGACAAACUCCACAGUAACUUUGGGGCACAUAAAUAACCCUGACUGUACAUACAUCAUGAGCUUGUUGCCUGGGUUCCCUUCACUUCCUGUCCUGGCCUUGACAAAUCAGACAUACUGAAAACAGAGGAAUCUCAGGCUUUAUCAGAACAGACUUUAGCUCAUUAAGAUGAUACCUCUGCAACUUUUUUUCUAUUUUUAAUUUUUAAAACAUCUCUUCCAAUAAGUAUUUAAUACCAAUACUGAAGCUUGAAUAUUAUCAGCCUGAUUACAAAGUAUUUUAUGGCAAAGUCAAACAUAAACUACAUUUUUGCUCUGAAGGGGUUACAUAAUUUAAUGACAUUUCAUUUUAUCGCUGCAUUUUUAUCUUGUCAUAUUUAUUGUUGAUCACUUUGUUUCUUAUUAGUGUGGCAUACAGAGAUGCUAAUUUGUAUAUUUUGUUUGUGCCAAAUCUUAGAGGCUUUGUGUGAAAUGGUCAGCGGAGUAUCUGCUGGGACAGUGCUUUCCAAAAAGGUCGCUCAUCUGUAAAGAAAUGGCUAUUAAUACAAAAUAAAGGAAAUUAAAUCCA